GUUAGUUGAUCGUUUACCUGCCAAGCCUAAUCAUCCGUCAAACCAAUCCAACGGCUGGCAGCGAACAAUCUAGAUCCCAUCCCCGUCACUUAACGGCGACGUGACGCUGACAGCAAUGGGAGUUCCCGUACGGAAUUAUCUCCGCGUCCGCGAUAGAGACAGAAGGAGAGUCGUCUCAGCGGCAGCGAGCGCCCAUCAUCUUCUUCCCUCCCAAUCACCAUUCAUCGCCAUGUCGCUCCUUCUUCCUCCCAUAGAUCUACGCCGGCGCCGACGACAAGAUCCUCUCCCCUCCCUACACCGUCAAUUCUAACUUCGUCCAAUUACUCCGACCAUCACUCUCCCUCCGCCUUCUCAAUUACAAAAAACGAUAAUAAUUGAUGGAGACUGAGCUUCACGAUGUUAAGCCAGUGCCUCCGAAGGGCCACGUCAUCUCCGAUUCUCCCUCACCGGCGUCCCCCGUCGACGACGCCUCACAGAACGACGACCGACCGCUCCUCAAAUCCGACUCCUCCUCUUCCGCCGCCAACGGACGUGUCUCCGACGAGAGCCUGGAGGAGCUGAACAAGAAGUACGCCGCGUUCGCUCGCCACGACGUCUACGGUCCGCUCGGCCGCGGGGAGCUGCCGUUCGUGGAGAAGCUCCUGCUGGGCGUCGCCUGCGUCACUAUCCUCCCGGUGCGCGUCGUGCUGGCCACCCUCGUCUUGUUCUCCUACUACUCGGUGUGCAGGAUUUGCACGCUCUUCUCCGCGCCCAAUCGGGACGAGGCGGCGGAGGGGCAGGACGACUUCGGUCACUUGAGAGGGUGGCGGAGGACUGUUAUUGUCUCCUGCGGCAGGUUUCUCUCCAGGGUCAUGCUGUUUGUGUUUGGGUUUUAUUGGAUCAGUGAGAGUUUUAGGGAUUUAGAGCAAGAGCAAUCUCCGCCUCAAGGCAAGUCAUCCUCCGAGAACGAGGGCAAAAAUCAAUUGCAGCGACCCGAAAGACCAGGGGCGACAGUAUGCAACCAUGUAUCAUAUGUUGAUAUUCUGUAUCACAUGUCGUCAUCUUUUUCCAGCUUUGUUGCGAAGAGAUCAGUGGCUAAACUUCCUUUAGUCGGUCUCAUCAGCAAGUGCCUUGGAUGCGUCUUUGUCCAACGAGAGUCGAAGUCAUCCGACUUUAAAGGAGUUGCAGGUAUUGUGAUUGAGAGAGUUAAAGAAGCUCAUGAGGACGAAACUGCUCCGAUGAUGAUGCUGUUUCCUGAAGGCACGACUACAAAUGGGGACUUCCUCCUCCCGUUUAAGACAGGUGGAUUCUUAGCUGGAGCACCUGUGAUUCCAGUGAUUCUGAGGUAUCCAUAUCAGAGGUUUAGUCCUGCCUGGGAUUCAAUAGCGGGGUUCCGUCAUGUUAUUCUUCUGCUGUGUCAAUUUGUAAAUCACUUGGAGGUGAUAAGGCUACCUGUUUACUACCCUUCCCAAGAAGAGAAGACCGACCCUAAACUAUACGCUAAUAACAUCCGGCGUUUGAUGGCACGCGAGCAGGGUGAUCUUGUAAUGUCAGAUAUUGGACUAGCCGAGAAGAGAAUAUACAUCGCCGCACUCAAUGGUAAUAAUAGCCUGCCUAGUGUUUUGCAUCACAAAGACGAUUGAUAAAUUUCAUCCUGGCCUGGCUUGCCGAAUGAUAACAACAAUUCUCUAUUGAGCUUCUUAUGAUUAACAUUGUUGGCAAUUCAGUUCCCAGAAAGUGGGAGAAAGAGGGAACUGUACGAUGUAUCGGUCGAAAAUACUUUUACGUUUCUGUAACCCCGUUAUAGAUUAGAAACAGAGUUUGGUCUGUUGUUGUGUUGUAGUAAAAGAAAAACUGAAGCAAUUUUCUCUUUUUCAUGUUCCUUUGCAGGUUUGUUAUCACAGUGCUAACUCUGGGGUUUGCCGUCUUGUCUUUGUAUAGUUGUGUAUCAUUCAUUUAUUAAGAACAGAAAGAAAGAAAGAAAGGAAACCCCUUAAAAGAAAGCGAAAGAGGAGAAGAAAUGAUACUUUAGGAAAGUAGCAAAUAGGGAGAAAUGGAUGUGCAGAACUAAACAAAGAUAAAGUGCAUUGUUGAGACUCAUUCGGUCAAGAGUGCAAAGAUCUAGAUCAUGCAGUU